AUGGUGAAGAGGAUAUACUUUCUGGCCCAUGGCGGUCAAGUGCAAGGUGUCGGAUUCCGGUACUUUACGCAAAAGAGAGCCACAGAGUAUGGUCUUACGGGAUGGUGUCGCAACACUGAUAACAACAAGGUUGAGGGAGAGGCGCAAGGUGAUGAGGAUGCGCUGAAGAAGCUGCUUAAGGACAUUGACGAGGGACCGAGAUCCGCCAGGGUUGUCAAGCUUGACCAGGAGGAGAGAGAUCUUGUUCAGGACGAAAAGGACUUUGCAGUUCGGCGAUGA